GGUCUUAUUUUGAGUGUCGAUUUUGCUGCUGAAUAAUCUUUCUGUUCAUCUCUAGUAUAAGCUCUAUGUUACUAUCUUGCAUUGAUAUAUAUUCUUAGUUGAUACCGUAAAAAAAUAGUAGGAAACGUACAGGAAAUACCUCAGUAGAAAUACCGCCAUAAAGAAUAUCAAAUGCAAUACGUUGUGUGAUGUACAGAUAUCAUUAGCUUUAUUCGACGUUUUAUAAGUUAGUAUCACUGUUUUAAAAGAUGUAUUCACUUACGGAAGGAGCAUUGGAUAAAAUUAUGAACGGGAUCGAGGUCGAUAGGCCGAUAUUGCAAAUAUUGGGUCACAAGAAAUUAUCUAGUUCAAAUAGUGGAGAACGUUACAGGCUUCUCGUAUCUGAUGGAAAACGAAUAAAUUCAUUUACGAUGCUUGCCACGCAAUUAAAUUCAAUGAUAACCGAUAAUGUAUUAACAGAAUUUUCCAUUUGCCAAAUAAAUAGAUAUGCUAUAAGCGUGGUAAAUAAUGCUGGCAAACAAAAACGAGUAAUGGUGAUAUUAAGUGCUGAUUUAAAAGUUGCGGGUGAUGAAGUUGGACAUAAAAUUGGUAAUCCAACAAAUGCUGACGCUGAUGGUGAAUCUAAACCAGCACAAAGUGUACAGUCUGCGCAAACUGCUUCACAACAGCAAAGUAGCCUGGUGUCAAAGUAUAGUGGUCAACAGUCUUCUACCAGUGAUAUAUCCACAAUCCCAAUCGUUGCAUUGAGUCCAUAUCAAAACAGGUGGGUAAUAAAGGCACGAGUUGUCAAUAAAUCUACCAUUAGAACAUGGAGUAAUUCACGCGGUGAAGGAAAAUUGUUUUCCAUGGAUCUUGUAGAUGAAAGUGGAGAGAUUAGAUGCACUGCAUUUAGAGAUCAGUGUGAUAAAUUCUAUGAUAUGAUCGAGAUUGGGAAGGUUUAUUACAUUUCCAGAGCAACUUUAAAAACAGCAAAUAAGCAAUUUAAUAAUUUAAAAAACGAUUAUGAAAUGACUCUAACUGGUGAUUCAGAAAUAAUUCCAUGCCAUGACAUUGGAGAUAAAAUUCCAACUCUUCAGUUUGAUUUCAUACCAAUAAACAAUAUAGAGCAAAAGGAGAAAAAUGAUAUAAUAGAUGUUUUGGCUAUUGUAAAAUCUCGUGGUGAUUUGCAGAUGUUAGUAUCACGAACCACUGGUAAAGACAUGAAAAAAAGGGAUAUUAAUCUCAUUGAUGAAAGUAAUACUAUGGUAACACUUACACUAUGGGGAACACAAGCUGAAGAAUUUUCAGGAAAUGAUAAUCCAGUUUUAGCCAUUAAAGGAGCUCGUGUUGGCGAAUUUAAUGGUGGAAAGAAUUUGUCCACUCUCAGCGGAACUGCUGUACAGGUUGAUCCAGAUAUUCCAGAAGCACAUAGAUUACGAGGUUGGUUUAACACAACUGGAUGUCAUGAAGAAGCGAAGCCACUUUCAAGAGCAUUUGGAAGUGCAGCUCAAAUGUCUCAGGCAUUGAUCACAAUUGGCGAAGCAAACAGUCAAAUAGAUAAAAAGAGCGGUCCGGAAAUAUUUACGGUGAAGGCGACCAUUAAUCUUUUACGCACUGAAAAUAUUUUAUAUAAGUCGUGCCCUAGUGAAAAUUGCAAAAAAAAGGUGAUAGAUCAAGCAAAUGGCAUGUACAGGUGCGAAAAAUGUAACAAAGAAUUCCCUAACUUCAAAUAUCGUUUACUUGGAAGCCUAAGCUUGGCUGACUGGACAGAUAAUAUGUGGGUCACAGCAUUUAAUGACGAAACAGAGAAAAUUUUAGGUAUUACAGCUCAGGAACUUGGAGAAUUAAAAGAAAAUGAUAACGAUGCUUACCUCGAAAAACUUGGCGAUGUAACAUUUAAAAGUUUCAUAUUUAAGAUAAGAACGAAAAUGGAAACAUUCGGUGAUGAAAACAGGUUAAGAUCAACAUGUAUUGAUGUAUCCCCAAUCGAUUGUAAAGCCUACAGCGAAGACUUAAUAACCAAACUCAAAGAAUUAACUGGUAUUGAUAGUAUUUAAAGUUAUUCCAUUCCUGAUAAUAUUUUCUAAAGUUGCGUGCGUAUGAGCUCUUUUUGUUUGAAAAAAUAUCAGUAUUUUAUAUUGUUAAUUAAUCGAAUAAUAAUUUUUUGAUAUUUCAUUACAUAUUUGUGUGUGUAUAUGUAAAAAUGUAAUUACCAUAAAUUACUCCAUUAUUUUUCUACAUAAAUAGCUAUAAAUUUUAAGAUAUUAAGAAUUUAGUAAAUAUUAAACCUAUCACAUACAUAUUUAUCAUAACAUGGCCGUACUGUUCAUUAAACUAAGGAUAUAUUAGGCUUUGCUAAAUAAUUACGGUGUAUAAAAACGUGAAAUCGUGUUCCGAAUAAACUUAUAUGUAGAUAAUGUUGCACGUAUUCGGCAUGAUUCGUUAGAAUUAUUAUGUAGCAGCGUAUUAUUGUUUAACAAAGUCAUCGAAGCUAUGAGUAUAUGAAAUUACAUGUAUGCAUUUUUUUGUAAAGUUACGCAUGAAUGAAACCAGUUUAGUUAGCAUUAUCGUACAAACGUAAUUGCAUUUAGUCGACAUUAUCAGUCGUAUCAUCGUUGUGAAAACAAAGUGUUAUAUGCCAGUCUUCGUUGAUACUACUAGGUAGUAGGACUAAGAGUACUUACAAUAAUGACAACAUUACCCUAAACGUGUUUAUAUUGAUAUUAUGAAUGAAUAAACUAUAUCAUGUA